AUGCUCAGAUACUCGACCAUCCUCGGCGCAGUCGCUCUGCUCUUCCUAUCCUCAGCCCAUCCCAGCCGAGCAGAAGCCGGGCAGAUGAUAUACAGCCCCGCCAGCACCAAUCAGCUCAACUUCCAGCUGGGCCAGCCAGGCGCCCCAGCCAUCGACUCGCUCCUCGGAGACCACGCCCUCAGCCGCGCACAAUCCGAGAGCCUGCUGGCCGACGACCAUCUCGAAAAGCUCGCAGCACACGUCCAAGCCCAUCCGGAGAAACGGCUGAUCCGAUGGGUCGACGGCCGCCAGGAAUGGACCACCGAGGGCGAGAAAGCCCUGCUGAUCUUCAGGGACGGCCGCCGCAAGUUCGUCGACAUCACCGACUCCUGGCUCGCGAACGAUAUCCACGCCCAGGCCUUCAUCCUCGACUCCGACCCCCAGCAGCUCAACCCCAACUUCGUCCCCCACACCACCAACCAGCCAAAGCUUCCCGCCGACUCCUUCCCCAAGAAAAUCACCUACGGCGCCGAGAAACUCGCCCGUCUUACUCGCCACAUUCACACCUCUCGGAUGGAGCAACGAUUGAAGAAAUUCACCGACUUCAGAACUCGAUACUACCGUUCAUCGACUGGAAAAGAGAGCCAAGCGUGGCUCCUCAACGAGAUCCGGACGCUGGUCUCCAAGUCGAGAUCAAACGUCACGGUGAGUGAAUUCCCACACAAGUGGGGCCAGAACACGAUCAUCGCGCGGUUCGAGCCAGCAGCGGGCACGGCGGCUGAGGAGACGGCGGGGACGUUUAUAGUGGGGGCGCACCAAGACUCGACGAACCUUCUGCCGUUCCUUCCGGCGCCGGGGGCGGACGACGACGGGUCGGGGACGGUAUCGAUCCUGGAGGCCUUCGACAUCCUUCUCCGCCACAACUGGGCCCCCAAAGCCGGCCAUGGCGCCCUCGAGUUCAUGUGGUUCUCCGCUGAAGAGGGCGGCCUCCUCGGCAGCCAGGAAGUCGCGCGCGCGUAUCGAAAGGAUAACCGUAACAUCUCUGGCAUGGUCCAGUUCGAUAUGACCGCCUUUGUUAAGAAAGGCACUAAGCCCACCGUCGGCCUGGUCACCGACUUCGUCGACCCUGCUCUCACUCAAUAUUUGAGACUGUUGAUCGACGAGUAUCUGGCCAUCGGCUGGACGAACACCAAGUGCGGCUACGCAUGUUCGGACCACGCCAGCUGGAUCAACGUCAAUGUGCCCAGUGCGUUCACCAUCGAGUCGCCUUUCGAGGACUCUAACCAGAAGAUCCAUUCCAUCGGCGACACCAUCCACCAGCCUGAGUUCAGCUUCGACCAUAUGGCCGAGUUCUCCAAACUCGUCCUCGCCUUGGCCGUCGAACUCAAAGGUCUCUAG